CGAUGAGUAGAAUUGAUUUUUGUUUUUCCAAAAUAUGCGAGUAUCUAAGUGCAUCUAUUUUUCUGAUAUGAACUUUUCGAUAAAGAAAUUUAUUUAGUUUUUUUUAAUUGUAUAUAAAUAUAAGUAAUAAAACUGAAUUAUUUUUACAUGUUCAUUGUUCAGUUUAAAUAUUUGAAUAAUCUAUUGGAAUUGAAUAAAAGCAAGUCUAUUUAAGAAUAUAUAUAUAUAAGAAACAAGCGGUAAAAUAUGCUCUUAAUUUAUUUUUAUUUGAUCACAUGUAUAUCAACAAUUUAUAGUCGUGAAAGAUAUCCAUAUGAUAAUCAUGAUGAAAUUGAAGGUUCAUUUUUCGACGAUGAUUAUGGUUCACAUGAUGGAUAUCAUUCAGGAAAUUAUGAUAAUCAUCCUCAACGUCCCCCAGAACAUAAUCUACCUGGAGGAGGUGAGCCGUCUCCCCCGAAUCGUGGUGAUGGUGAAGAACCACCUCAACCACCUCCUGAAAAACCUGAAGGACCAUAUGAGUCUGAUGGCGACGAGAAUCAUGGUCGGUCACACUAUAACCAUAGUCGUUAUCACGGAUAUUAUGAUGAUUUAGAUAAAUAUGAUAGUGAAUUGAGAGAGUUAGUUCUCAGUGGAUAUCGGUAUAAACCAAGAUAUUAUGAAGGAGAAGGUUAUGGAUUAGUAGGUGAAGAAAAGUAUGUUAACAAACCAAAAGAUCCUAGUAAAUAUGAUCAAUAUGGAAAUUAUAUACCUGAUUAUCAAACACCACAACCACCUCCUCCUCCUCCUCCUCCUCUUCCUACUCCUAUACCUUCUAAUUCAAACGAACAACCUAGUGGUAACGUAGGAGAAAACGUUAAUAAUGUGGGAGACGAAGAUAAUAAACCCGAUGAAACAGAAGAGAACGAAUAUAAGCCUACUAGAUAUGUUAAAUAUGACAAAUAUAAACCGUCAAACAAACGCGUAUCAAGCAAAAAAAAAUCAUCCAAGAAAGGAACGAAAGGAACGAAAGGAACGAAAGGAAAGAGGGGAAAAGGAAAAUAUAAGAAAUAUCGAAAUAGGUACAAACCAAAACCAACACCACUACCAACACCAUAUCCAGAAGAACCACAAACUGUACCACCACGUGACGAAGACGACGGAGAAGAUGAAGAAAACGAACAGUGAUAGUGGUAAACAUAGGUGAAUAAAAUACAAAUGCAAACAACAUGAAAAAUGAUCUUUAUAUUAAACUAAUAUGAACUGUUUAUACAAGUGAAUUGUUAUAAUAAUAAUAAUAAUAAUAAUAAUAAUAAUAAUAAUAAUAAUAAUAAU